AUGGCCGUAAACGGGCGAAUACAAAGACAGGAAAACUCUCAGAAGGAAUGGCGCCGAAUGUUUAUGCUCAUGUUACCUUCUUUUUCCUUCCAUAUUGCCUGGUAUUGGGAGACCGAAUGUCCCGACAACGGACACGCGACAAGCCAGCUGUUGCAUCGUUGUUCUUUAGCCAUACCCACGCAAAGUCAAUACCGCAAAGGGCUCUCGGUCACGCUCAAGCAGGGUUGUCGCACAAAUUCGCAUCCAUCCAAUGAACAGAGACUGUGGUGGUACCAGAUGCAGGGUCUUUGUGCGGAGAUCCCUGUCGAUCAUCGUGUCCAGCAUCAUCACCAAAUCAGUCUGGGCGGCUUUUAG